GUGAGACAUCUCUGCUCUGCCUGCUCUGGAUGUGACCACAGGCUCUGACUCUACCACACUGGACUCUGCUGUUGACGUGCAGGCCGGGGAUAAAUAUUGGUGACGCACUCAGGCUGUGCUGUAAUCUGGCAGUGAGUUGAAGCAGCUGCUCGCCCACAACAUGGCUGGCAAAAGCAUUCCAAGCUUUCAGGCAGCUGACCUGGUGUUCCAGCUGUUAUCCAGCUCCAACCGAGAGACCACAGCCGAUGCGUCGACCUUUGGAACCUGCUUCACUGACCACAUGCUGACCAUAGAGUGGAGUGUGACUGAGGGCUGGCAGCCUCCGCUCAUCAAGCCCUUCGAGAACCUGUCGCUCCACCCGGCCUGUUCGUCACUGCACUACGGCAUCCAGCUGUUUGAGGGGUUGAAGGCGUACCGUGGCGAUGACAACCGGCUGCGCAUCUUCAGGCCGAUGCUCAACAUGCAACGCAUGGCCCACUCCGCCAAAAGAGCCUGUCUGCCCGCUUUUGACCAGUCAGAGUUGCUGGAGUGCAUCAGGCGACUGGUAGAGAUCGAGCAGGACUGGGUCCCUCACUCCAGCCAGGCCAGUCUGUACAUUAGACCAACGUUUAUCAGCACUGAGCCGACUCUUGGAAUAAAGAGUCCGACCCGUGCCCUGCUGUAUGUGAUCUUGUCUCCUGGUCGCCCCUACUUCGCCAAUGGGGGAAAGACCGUCUCCUUGUGGGCUGACCCAAAGUACACAAGGGCCUGGAUUGGAGGAACUGGAGACUGCAAGAUGGGAGGGAACUACGGGGGCAGCCUGUUUGCCCAGUACGAAGCAGUGCAUUAUGGGUGUGAGCAGGUGCUGUGGCUGUACGGAGAGGACCACAAGAUCACUGAGGCGGGAACCAUGAACAUCUUUCUGCUCUGGAUCAACGAGGACGGGGAGGAGGAGCUUUCAACUCCGCCUCUUGAUGGCCUCAUCCUCCCAGGCGUAACCCGGCAGAGCAUCCUGGACAUAAGCAGGAAAUGGGAUGAGUUCAAGGUGACGGAGCGCUACCUGACCAUGGCCCAGUUCUGCUCUGCCCUGAAGCAGCAGCGGGUCAAAGAACUGUUUGGCUCCGGCACUGCCUGCAUGAUCUGCCCUGUAGGACACAUUCUUUACCAGGGAGAGAACCUGCACAUUCCCAAUCAGGAGAAAAGCUCACUGUUGACUACACGCUUAACGAAAGAACUACAAGAUAUACAGUAUGGCCGGACAGCCAGUGACUGGACUCUCCUGGUGUAGCACGGACAAAGGAGCCUGGCACACACACCGGUGCACAAGGACCAACAUGUGUACAGAAACACAUAUGGUUACAAAACAACCAAAGAAAGACAGUAACAAGCAAACAAUGUUGGUGCAACAUUUGUGGUAUCGCUGCAACAUGCUGAGGAGCCCCAGUUGUAGCCCAAAUGUCCCAGCAGUUUGUCACACAACUUUAUCUCCUUUAAACUUAAAUUAACCACAAAAACAACACAACUGUCACAACAAUAAUCAACAAAAGCAGGGACGUUUCUCAUGCAACAGUGCACAACAACUUACAGAGACUUGUUCUGCUGCUUUUCGCCUCAUUUCCCAACCAACAUCCAGGAACUUAGCUUUGAAACAACAUGAAAGAGAAAGAUAUCAGAACAUGCAGAGAUAUUAGGAGUUACAGAGGAUUUCAUUUGACUUGUGUCAGAGUUACAAAACAACUAUAGAGCGGACUUCAAUAAAGUGUUCUCAAGUUUCUCAAAGUUUCUAACGGAUCCUUACAUUUUUUUAAAGAGUGUUAGGAGGUACAUUUAUAUUUGGUUACUUUGUGCUGCACCUUAGUCAUUUUGCUUCAUAUCACUCGGCAGUUUUCUUUAUUUGUAUCCAUUCAUGGUCCUUUCUUAUAACGUUUUUCGUGAUGGUGAUUUAUACAGUUACAUUUUGUUUAAUCUGUAAAUAAAUGUGUAAAGAAACUGACAUUUUUCUUGUCAUCGAAUUUUUGUUCGAUGACAAGACUUCCAGGAAUGUCACGGCCAGCGAGAACGAGUCCGGCUCAUAACCCCCAUAAAACAGCAACCUGUCAUUUAGA